CAAACGACGUUCGAAAUUUCAGAGUAUUUUUUCGGUGGCAAGGGGUUUCAUGUGCGCGGACGCCGACGGGCGUGUGCCAUUGCCACACUUGCGCGCCGCCACGACCACCACCCCCAUGAGCGUAUUCAACGUCCACUCCCUCUCCAUGCACAUCAUGGACUACACGAUCGACACGACCAACAGCGUUGUGUACUACCAUCUCGAACUCCUCGACGACGACUCGGGCGAAUCCAUGACGGUCAUGCGCCGCUACAGCGCGAUUGCAGCCUUCCGCGCGGCGCUUCUCAAGGAACUCGAUACCGCGUGCCAAUGUCCGCACGACCAGAAUCGGUGCAAACCGUGUCUUGCUGCUCUCAAGCAGUGUAGCUUCCCUGCCAAGAGCUGGUUCCCCAAAGAUGGCAUCCAGCCCGAACUGGCCGAUCAACGCGCCACAGAAUUGUCGUAUUUUCUUCAAGAUGUUGUCGCCGUCGGACGCGACCACGCCCCCCUGUGCACGCACAACCAGACUUUCUUUGAAGCCACCCUCGCCAACGUCCUUGGCGCCCCAUCGCUCACACCGUUUGCGACCGUACCGCCACGCAACCGCAAGGGCGAGCGCAGUGCGUCGUGCGAGAUCGCGUCCGACGCAGUGCGGCCAUUCUUGCGGCAUCGGUCCGGUUCGGUCCCCAUCACGUCCAAGCGCCUCAUCCUGUAGUUGCCUCGAUCGGCGUUAUCUAUUUACAACUUAUCAUCUUUCUUUUUGUAUGGGUCCCCGACAACGUGAAAUAACACAAUGCUCCAAUAUAUUUCCAAUUAGUCGAG